GCAACAACCGUCAUACGCGUGUGUGAUAGAGUCUGUAUCGUCUUCUUGGAGACCCGUGAGCCGCGAACCGCAAAGACCACCUCGCUCGCUUGUCUUCCCGCUCAUCUGCGCUACGCCUCCUGUUCCUUUCUCGUUUGAGAUUCAGAGGGCGAACACAACGGCAAGACAACUCCAAGCGCCUCUUCCCUGUGUAUCAUCAAGCCCACGGACAACACCGUUUCUCUCCACAGCCUUCUCACAAGCUUGGCAAAACCUCUAGACUUACCCCGCGUCCGCCUCAGCUCUCACUUUCAUCCUUCACCAAAGGCAGCUCGCUUUUUGUCUUCUUUCUUGUUUGUUUGUUUCUUUCAUUUCUUCAAAACCUCAUCGUUUCCUUCGUUACAUUUUUGUUUUUCCCUCCGCCGUUUUCAGCUGAAAUCGUCUGCAUCCUUUCUAUAUAUAUAUAUAUAUUUGUUUAUUAGGUUCAAGCCGGUGUAAUACUAAGCACGAGAAAAAAAAUUGGUCUCCCGUUUUCGUUCGUUAACUCUUGUAUCGCUACAUUUUCUGCUCCUUUCCUUCGCGCUUCGAUUUGUGCACUCCUACAUCAACACAGGAGUUCAACGAUUCGUUCUAGUACUACAAGUUAGCCUUAUAGAAAGCCAAUGUCAGGAGUUAACACGAGCUCGCGCCAUCACAGCCGGCCCUCAUCCGCGCGGCGCAACGGCCAUGAGGGCGAUUAUUCACGCAAUGGGGGCAGCGACCUCGCCACGCGAUCCAGCCCGCAUCGCCACCUCAGCAGUAGCAGUCGAAACUCUCCUCGCAAGCACCGCGACGCGGCGCAGACGGGGCAGCAUCGCUUCCGGUCGGAGGGCUACACCCUCGAGGACGGGGUUCCCCCGUUGCACCGACAGAGCACGCAGCCGCCCCGCCGCACCUCGUCCACACCCCGCCCCCUCGUUUCCCAGCGCGAGGCGGAGGCGAGCCUCUACCACCGUCGCGCGGUGGAGCCGGUGAGCUCUCAACGGUCGACGACGCCGCACGUCCACCGCUCCCCCCGCCGUGCCUCACCGGCGGGUCCGGCGCACAGCACCGCCCUCGUCUUGGCAGAGGAGCAGCAGGUGUCGCCACGCCGGCACUCCGCGCGCCACUCCGCGCAGGUCUCGCCGCGGCGGUCCGGGCGUGACUCCCCACGGCGCAGCCACCACGACAGCCGCGUCGUAGCCGAGGACGGUGGCGUGCGGAGUCCGCGACGGCACAUCUCCCCCAAGCGGACGAGUCCGCGCCGCGCACACCGGCAGACAGGCUCGCCCAUCCGACCCGAGCGCCGUGCGGAGUCGUCGCGCCCGCGCCACCGGCACGCGUCCGCGGAGCCGCGUACCCGCAGUCCGCACGGUAGCGCACGCCGCCACCGCGAGUCGCAGUCCGCACGUCCGGCGCCAGCCCCCGUGCCGGAGGCGACGCACCGUCAGGACACCCUUCGCUAUCGUAGUCCGCCCCUGGUGGAGGAGAGCAAACGACGCACUUCCUCGCGGCAUGACAGACACCGUAGCCAUACCACGGAAAACGAACCGGACAGGAGGCACCGCCCUUCCUCACGCCGCCACGACAGCGCUCAUCGUAGCCGCAGCAACUGCCCGCCAUCGCGGCACGACUCGGAGCAUCGUCACGGACGAGAGCGCCGUUCCUACACUCCCGUUUCGGCCAACAUCGAAGACGAGAGCCGCCACGCACGUCACGCCUCGCGACAUCGUCAGAAAUCACCCGACUUGUCGGUUGCUCCUCAGGAACUCCCGCGUGUGCAUUCGCUCACAGAGGCGGUGAAGGGACCUGCCCCUGCAGUAGGCGGGUCUACGUUCAUGCGACCCAACACCAGUAGUCACAUGAGCACACGCCGCAGCUCUGGCUCUUGCAUUGAGGUGAUCAGCGUGAACUCAGUUAAACGAGAUUCGCUGAACAGCUGGAUGCAGUCGCCGCGGCGCUCGCGAGAGAUGAACCUGCCAGUCGUCGCCCCCGACCCGAACAGUGAAAAGAUUAUGCAGUGCAUCGACUCCACACGCCACUGGAUCAACAGCAUGAAAACGGAAGUGGAGAAGAACCGCACGCGCGCGCUGCAACUGAAGGAGGCGGCAGAGGCAGAAGCAGAAGCAGAGGAGGAAGCUGCCCGGCAGCGCGAAAUGGAACGUCCGCGCCGAGAUCAUCACCGGGCUGCGGAGAAGGACGGCAGUGCCCACCGCCAUCGCAGCUCCUCGCGUGGGUCGCAGCGGCGCACGCGCAGUUCGCACGAGGCGACGAACGGAGUAGCAGGUGCGCCGGUCUUGAUAGAGCCGGAGAAAGCGGUAGACAGCCGUCGCCGCCCUCGUGCGCCGAUUGCACCGGCAGCACCGCCCAAGUCAAAUCUCCGAUCCGUUACCGAGGCUAGGCGGUCAGGAACGCACAGCACGCGUGAGCCGUCGGCCUCGAUGCACACCGCGCCGAGCGAUAAGGUAGGGAGCAGCAGCAGCCGUCCUACCAAGUCCGCUCCGGCCCUCGCUCCAGCUCCUGCGCUAGCGGUGGUUCUGCACGACACCCUCAAUAGCUCUCGCCAAGACGGCUUUGACUACCCCAUCUUCUCCUUCGUGUCCUUCCUAGACGGCAACACCUUUGACAGCACCGUGGGGCUUUGCCAGUACAACACCGAACUCGCCGAGAGCCUCAGCGACGAGCACCUGGAGAUUCUCCGCGAGGUCAUCUUCGCCAACGACGAGGAAGCGUUCGCGGAGCUGCUUUACGGCGAUGACGUGCAGGCGGAGCUGGAUGUCAUCGCCAACACGCUAGGCCACAGCGAGGAUAUUACGGUCCAGCGUGAAAUUGUGAUACUGCAACGCGCAGCCGUGCGUCGCUUCAACGAGAAGUGCUCUGCCGCGCUGCGCACCCUAUUAGCCGCACGAGGUGGGCUGGCCGACGCAGUGCAGAUCGCCGCCUCGCAGUUGGAGCGUCGGGUGUACGAGGCAGGUGCAGCGGAGGACAAUUCUCCAUAG